AGUGCCUCCAGCAUCGCUGCGGUUUCGGGCGCCACCACCUCGUCCUCCUCGAAAUCCUCGACGACGUCCUCGUCCGCCUCGUUCUGCAGUUGUUGUUGAUGUUACAGUCGCCGAGGACGUCGCUAUGUCGCCCAUGGCGAACCAGUAAAAUCUGGAAAAGUAAGUGACCAGCACUACACAAAGCUACAAACAUGGGUCGUAUGCACAAUCCUGGCAAGGGUAUGUCGAAGUCGGCUUUGCCGUACAGACGCUCCGUUCCAUCUUGGCUGAAGCUGACCAGCGCUGAUGUUCAGGAUCAGAUCGUCAAGCUUGCUAAGAAGGGUCUCCGUCCUUCCCAGAUCGGUGUCAUCCUUAGGGACUCCCAUGGAGUCGCUCAGGUGCGCCGCGUAACGGGAAACAAGAUUUUCCGUAUUUUGAAGGCUAAGGGUAUGGCCCCAGAGAUUCCAGAGGAUCUUUACCAUUUGAUUAAGAAGGCUGUGUCUAUUCGCAAGCAUCUCGAGCACUCACGUAAGGAUAUUGACAGCAAGUACAGACUUAUUCUUGUCGAGUCUCGAAUCCAUCGUUUGGCUCGCUACUACAAAACCAGCCGUCAACUUCCAGCAACCUGGAAAAAUGUCAUCGGAAUGUCAUGGGACAAAGAAGGAGAUGUGCUUGGAAUCCUUGUUGACAACUCCUCUCUGGCUGUUCUAUGGAAUAUCAACACAAAAAAUGCGGAACAACUGGAAACUGCCAUGGGAUCCAGAGAGCUACCCAUAUGUCUUGUUUGGUCGUCUGUCUCAGCUUUGCUUGUGAUUGGAAAUAGUAAUGGAAAUCUGUUUAUUUACAACCAUAAAUUGUCCAGGAAAAUCCCCGUUUUGGGUAAGCACCAGAGGAAAAUAUGUGGAGUGGCAAUGACAAAACAAGAUCAAAUUCUUUGUUGCAGUGAUGACAGCACUAUUACAGUGUCUUCUGCUGACGGCGAAACAUUAAAAACUAUGACGCUGUCAGCUGAGCCGGAGGAUUUGAAAAUUGGAGAAGUGAAACGACCCGGUGGUAAUGUGGAUACAAUCGUUAGCGCAGUGCUAGGCAAGAAGACACUUUUUCUUUCUACACUUACUGACAAACCAAAGGAUUCAACGGAGAACGAUGCUGACAACUCCAUGAAUUUACAGUUUCAAGAAAAGUAUGGCAAUAUUGUUGCCCAUGUUUGGUAUAAUGACGGUUAUAUGAUCGUCGGGUUUGAAAAAGGUUUUGUCGUAUGCAUCUCAGCUCAUCCAUCAGAAAUGGGACAGGAGAUCUUCAGCGUUGGUGAAUAUAAGACCUAUUUGGCUGCAGUGGCUGCUAGUCCAGCUUUUGGAAAAAUUCUAACUGUUGGCGAUCAUCAAAUCAAAGUACGUGAAAUGCGUGAACUUAAUGAUAUUUUUGUGAUUAUGGACGUCGACACGGAAAAAGAUCUCUCUCAAGUGGAAUGUUCUCUGGACGGUCAGCUAGUUGCCGUAGCUGCUCGUGGAGGAGGAGUGUCCGUGUAUCUCACAAAAAUGCCCAUAAUGGGUGCAGCCUUCGGGGAUACUGUAGCUGUACUGUCAUCAUUGAACCAAGUCACCUAUUUGCCUGAGGGUGACAAGCAACGAGGCAUCGUCAUUAAUGUCUCCAUAGAACCAUCAGUGAUCGCUGUAGGACCAUAUCAUAUAGCAGUAGCAACGAAUAAUCGUGUGUGGAUAUAUGAUGUGCAUCGUAAUGCAGCGAAUCAACCACCAGCCGCAAAUCAUCCUGUAGCCGAAGGCGAUUAUCUAUCGACGGUCAUUGAUGUGAAGCUCAACGACGAAUACAUUUGUGUGGUAAUGGAAGGAAAAGCUCGAUUACAUAGGAUUCUCAACUCCGAUUCGCAUCCAUCGAUCACAUUUCCUGAAGCAGCGAGAAACUCUAAACUUGUCUCUGCUGCUCUAUCAGCUCAUUUUCUCAUCUUUAGCACGGAGGCAAGUUAUUUGAUCUUCUUCUCACUGGCUGAAUGGUGUGUUGUAAGCGAAUAUCGCCAUACAUCCCCGAUCCGGCAAAUUCAUCCUGAUCAGGAUGGACUCAGGGCAGCUAUCUUGGAUGAGAGGACUGAUACAUGGGUUUAUAGCCCCGUCGAUGAUUCGAUGCAUAAGCUGACAGCUGUCGGUAAUGCUGUUCACUACAAAUCAGUCCUAUGGGAAACUUUUACGAUCGACAGGGAUACGUUUGUGGUGUACGAUAAUGCCAAUAUCUAUGUAUAUUUGCUGAACCGGAGCCAAAUUGAAGGAGAAUCCGUCGUCUAUGUGGGAAGUACUAAACUACCAUUUGCACAUUCUCCAUUGAUGCUUAGCAAGGGCAUUGUCCACUGCCUUACUGCUUCUGGCAAAACCAGCGGAGUGCUACUUGACAGUCAUCGAACCGAUACUGUCUUGGACGGAAAGCAACCAGCUGUGGUCCGAGAGCUAUUAAAGCAAGCACUGCAGCUGAAACGGUAA